GCGUUGUCUAGGCAGGCGGAAGUGACGUCACGCUCGAGCUGUCCCACGCGUUGUCGCUGCGCCGCCGGAGUUUGCGGUGGAGUAUGUCGGUGCCGCUGCGGCGCCUGCAGCAGGCGCCCCGGCACCUGCUGGUGUGCGAGAAGGGGCACGCGCGGCAUGCGCGCUCCCGCCACGCGGCGCACGUGCGGGACCACGCCUACAACUGCCGCGUGUCUGUUCUGAUCCCUGACUGUGGCAUGCUGCCUGAAGUGCUGAAAAGCACUAUUGCGGAUUUUGGGGAGUACUAUUUGGUGAGGAGCUUGUCCGUUCAUCAGCUGGUCGCUCACGAAUUCAUUGACUGCUUUGUGAGGAAAGGUUCAUGCUAUGCACUUACCUAUAACACCAAAAUUGAUCAAGAUAAUACUGCAGCUUUACUACCAACUGGAAAACUAAUUCUGUCAGUAGAUAAAGAUACUUAUGAGGAGCUUGGACUGCAAGGUCGCCCUUCUCGGUAUUCUGGUAAAAAACCAAUGAGAUACAUUAUAACAAUUGACUUGACUGAUUCCAACUUUCACCCUGAUGGCAAGAAGCAUAAGAGGGUGCUUUGGGCCUUGAAGGAAAAGAAACCUUUAGAAUUUGACUUCUUACUGGCUUGGUAUAAUUCAGGUGCAGAGGGAUCAACACUGAUGUCAUACUUUCCAAAAAACCGAAUAAAGGCCCUAAAGCCAAAAGUAACAUUCAGCACAUUAAGAGACUUGCAGUGUCCAACGUUACAAAGCAAUGAACUUCAAGGAAAGCCAGAAGAGUCCUGCAGUACAGAGGAACUGUUUGAAUGGCUAGGUGCUGUCUUGAAUCAAGUUAAUCUAGACAAUGUAUCUUCUAGUUUUUUAUCAACCUAUUGUUGUCCUCAGCCCAACACAAUAGUGGACCAAGCAUUUUUGUGCACAAUCACAGGCUUCAUAAUUCCUGAGAAGAUAAUUGAGUUACUGGAGCAGCUGUGUUGCUACUUUGAAGAACCAAAACUGGCACAGUGGCUGACCUUAACUGUGCACGGCUUUGCAGACAGCCCUGUUUCCUGGAGAGAGAAUGAACAUGGUUUUCACAAGGGAGGAGAGAACUUAUACAACUUUGUCAUUUUUAGAAAUCUGGACUACUGGCUUCAGAUGGCUUUAGGAACUAAUGAUGAUUGUCCUCCGUAACGCUCUGUCUACAGAAAAAGCAUUCUAAUAAUUCCAGGGAGAUUUCGUACCAUCUACUACAAGAUGUUGGAUUCUCAAAAGACUAAAAUAUGUAACAUUGCAGAGCCUGAUGAUCCUGCAGCUCUAGCCGUAGUGAUUGUAGAUGAUGUUUGGAUUGUUGGAAAAUGGAAGGAAUAAAAAUACAAUAUUCACAGAACAGCUGAGAGUGGAAGAGGCAGCUGGAAGAUACCUGGUCCAAGCCUCUGCUCGAGCAGGGCCAUUGAGGGCUGGUUGUCCAGGACUGUGUUCAGGAGGCUUCUGAAGAUCUCAGACCUUUCCAAGAGACUUAUCUGAGUGCCCAGUCACCCUCGCACUGGAAGCGUGUUUCCUGAUGUUCAGAUAGACUCUCCCGCAUCUCAGUUUGUGCCCACAGCAUCUUGCUCUGGCACUGGAUGCCAGCAGCCUGGCUUUGUCAUCUUUACACUGUUCUUUCAGGAGCCAUGAGUAGGACCAGAAGAACUCCAUCUCCAUUGCUGUAUUUUGUACUGCACUUCAGAAUCUUUGCACAUCAAACCCUUCAUCCUGGGAGUGAGUGCCUCACAUGAACAAGCUUCUGAAGUACAGAGAAGUACCCUUUAGCAAUGACAGCAAUACAGUGAAGGAUUCUCUGAAGGAAACUGCCUGAAAUGCUGUCUGGGCAAAUUUGGAACUUGGAACAAGGGAAAGAGCUCUAGUGUUAGGAAACCUGUAAUUGUAAACCCUGCAGAAAUCAUAAGAGAAGACUACAGUAGGUUUACAUACCUACAACUAUUGGAGACACAGCUCCUGUGGACUGGGACUGAUGGCAGCAAUUUAGAUUUGAGGGGAGGCUGAAAAAAAGAGCACAGUAUGUUUUACUUCAACCCUUCAACAUGCCUUGCUGCAUGGGCCUCUCCUGUUGGGUAAGAUGUUCAGUUUACAUUGCUUCCAUAUAUUCAUUCUAGAGCCAGAGAAAUAAAGAACCCUUUCUUGUUUACUCUCUGUAUGACCUCUUCAAGUAUAACUACAUCUAUCCUCUACUGUUUAACGGUUUCUGCUGAAUGCUUCUGAUCUUGAAUGAAAAACAAAAAAUCCUCAGAACCUCCAUAGGCAAGUAUUGCACGUCAGUAACUAUUGCACACCAAGGGUACUUCCUGACCUAUACAGAACUGUACAGUAUUUUCCUAAGGAAACAAUAUCUGUGUAGUCCAAUGUACUGAUAUGUACGUUAUUUAUGAAUGAGAGCGUAAUUUAUAAGUGUAAAGUUAUUGUGUACAGAAAUUGGUCUGAACUAAUGGCUUUUUCUAAUUUAUUUGCAGCUGAAUAUGCAAAUUGUAGGCAUAGUAACAGCACGAAAUGAAGGAAAUGGAAUUAUUUUUCCAUUUGAAUUGACUGACCUCCAAUUGGUGUAAUUCCUCUACAUACCUCUAGGUCCAGUCUGCUGUUUCAAUGAAAUUCUUUUGUAUGUAAGGUCAGCAUAAACAAUCCUCAAGCUGAAAUAAAUACAACCUAUGCCCAAAUGCCUCUUCACGGUGCCAGAGAAGGGUUGUUAAUAUUACAUAUUUAAAUAUAACAUAUUUAAACCUUUUAGUUUGACUUGUUACAUAACAUUAGAUAAUAUAUGAUUCCUUCCCCUUCUCUAUAAAAUCAAACAAGGAACUCAGAUUUUCUUUACCAUGGAAUUAUUGGGAAAAUGACCUAUUCCUAAGAGGCUGCCGAACACACGUACUGAAUGUUCUUUACUAUCCAUAACAAAAGAAUUAAAACUUCAACAACAUCUUCCUCUGUUCACCUCAUCUCAGAGAAAAUAUCGGUACAGUUUACAACCACCAACUGAUUUUCAGCUUUUCAUUAAAGGAAACAA